AUGUUUUCAUUUAUUAUCCCUUUCAAAAAAUCUUCUUCGAAAAGCACUCCGUCCACACCGACUGGCUCUUCUUCACCACCAUCAACACCAUCCAAUAAUAACAAUUCAACAACAACAACGAUAAUAACAUCGGGACAAACAGUGCCGAAUUUGAGCCAGCCAAUAUUGGCCGUUCCGAACAGCCCUCCUUCCUCCUUGUCUUCUUCUCCUUCUUCUUCCGCGGUCUCUCCUCAACGUUAUGUUAGUACAAGUAAUGAUAUUAAUAUUCUCUUCUUGACGCACACGAUAUGCCCCAUUUGUUCCUUUGUAGAGGAAGGAAAAGGUUUGGAAAAGGAACAUUGGAAGGAAGGAUUGAUUGUCAAGAAGGGAGAUGAUAUUUGGUUGGUCAUUAAGUGUUUGGAUCAUGGUGAUCAGGAAAUUAAAAUCUGUUCGAGCUUUGAUUUCUUCAUGAAAACUCUUGAUUAUGCUCCAGAUAUUAUGGAAACAAAAAGCAAUUUUAAUAUUGAAAUUGAGGAGCUGGAGAAACAAAUUCAGAAUGAUGCAACUAUCAUUGAAAAUACACCACUCAUGGUUGAUUUGGAUGUUUUUUGUGAUGAGCAAUUUAUUCCCGAUGAUAUCAUUAUCAAAUCUAUUUAUGAUACCAUGAAUUUAAUACCGAAAGAGAAAAAUGUCAUUAUUCGAGUCAAUGGAAAACUCGUUGAGGACAUUGUGACACUCAAUAAGAAAUUAAAUCUGGUGCUGGAGUAUAUUCCCGAUGAGAAUGCUAUUGUACUUGAAUUGUCAGUUCUCAGAAUUGUACAAUUGUCACAAUUAAAUGACACGUGCUUGCUGAAUCCUCGCAUCCAUCCAUCCAUUCAAAUUUUUGUACAGAAAGGAUUUGAAAAAGAAACAGCUGUAGAGCUGAAUAACACAUUUAAUGCACUCAAACAAAUCACCAACUUGACAAUUAUUGUGAGAAUUGUUGUGAGUCGCCCUUUUCCUAGAUUAGACGCCAUUCUUAACUUACUUCGUUUCCCGAUGAAGGGUUUUUGUCGAUUUAUUAUCAUUGAAACAGAGAGAACUCCAAGUCAAAUAAUGAAACAAUUCAAAAGCUCAACAAGUCACUACAAUGAAAACGAUGAGGCCUACAAUGUGGAUCCUCUCGAAUUGCUCAAACUCAUUGAAGAGGACACAAAAGAACAAAUACGAUUGGAAGAUUUCUUCCCAGCCAGCGUGGGUGUAUUGUUGGAACCCUUCCUUUCCAUGUUAGGUAAAGGAAACUUCAACAUACGGCCAUCUCCGUUCUGUGGUUUUGCAACUUGUCUCAUCAACUCGGAAAAUCAACAAACUUAUCCCAGCGUUCCAGUAUCGAGACUCAUUGAUGUUGAGAAGCUUUUCAAAGAAAUGGUUCCAAUUGUGAAAAAUAUGAAGACCUCAAUGUUGAGUAGUAGUAGUGGAAGUAGUUCAUCAUCAUCUUCUUCUUCUGGUACAUCCUCCUCCUCGCAAGACAUUAGUUUCUUUCAAUACAGAGCUUUGAAGAAAGCCCUAGAGAAGGCAAGAAAACCUCAAUCCGAUUAUCCUCUUCCCAAAGAUUUGUUUUCCUAUCUCAUUUCUAGAGAUCCUACCAUGACACGAAAGACACGACAAAUUAUUGAGGAUUUGCAAUUUCUUAUUGUUCACAAUGUCAUGGAUGUGGGAACGUUAGAUCUUGUGAGAAGAACGAGAUGCACUCUCUGUAAAUAUCAACCUGGUGGAAAGGGAUUUGUUUCGUCAUGUACAAAUUGUAUUUAG